GUAUAAUAUCCUGUUUUACAUUAUUCUACUUCCUGUUUGAACCGUCACUGCGCAUGCUCAGUUCACUGGUAAGGAAGAAAGGAAAAUGUCUCUUACGAGCUUUUUACCAGCUCCGACACAGCUGUCGCAAGAUCAGCUGGAGGCAGAGGAGAGGCUCCGGGCUCAAAAGUCCCACUCCACCGCGCUUGUGUCAUCCCGCAGAGACCCCCCUCCUUACGGACAGAGAAAAGGCUGGGUGCCGCGCGCACUAGAGGAUUUUGGAGAUGGAGGAGCAUUCCCAGAAAUCCAUGUGGCCCAGUUUCCCCUGGAGAUGGGCAGGAGGAAGAAAACCUCCAAUGCCCUGGCAGUGCAAGUGGAUGCAGAGGGAAAAAUCAAAUAUGAUGCCAUUGCAAGGCAAGGACAGGGGAAAGAUAAGGUGAUCUUUAGCAAAUAUACUGACCUGCUCCCUAAAGAAGUUCUUAAAGAUGACUCUCAAGAGCUACAGAGGCCUGAUGAGGAGGCUGUGAAGGAGCUUACAGAGAAAACCCGUUCCGCCCUGGAGAAGCAGGUGUCGCAAAAGAUUGCUGCCGCCAUGCCUGUAAGAGCUGCAGACAAGCAAGCUCCUGCGCAAUACAUCAGAUAUACACCAUCUCAGCAGGGAGUUGCUUUUAAUUCAGGAGCCAAGCAGAGAGUGAUCCGUAUGGUGGAAAUGCAGAAGGAUCCCAUGGAGCCUCCUCGUUUUAAAAUCAACAAGAAGAUUCCCAGGGGACCUCCGUCGCCCCCUGCUCCUGUCAUGCACUCUCCUAGCAGAAAGAUGACAGUCAAGGAACAACAGGAAUGGAAGAUUCCUCCAUGCAUCUCCAACUGGAAGAACGCAAAGGGCUACACCAUUCCUCUAGACAAACGUCUGGCUGCUGAUGGAAGGGGUCUGCAAACGGUUCACAUUAAUGAGAACUUUGCCAAGCUGGCAGAGGCCCUCUACAUAGCAGAUAGAAAGGCCAGAGAAGCGGUGGAAAUGCGAGCGCAGGUAGAGAAGAAGAUGGCUCAAAAGGAGAAGGAGAAGAAGGAGGAGAAACUGAGGGAGCUGGCUCAGAUGGCUCGAGACCAGAGAGCAGGGAUCAAAAGCCACGGUGAUAAAGGCGGCGAAGACGGGGAGGCCAGGGAGCGUGACAUGAUCCGCCACGACAGAAGGAAAGACCGACAGCACGACCGCAACAUUUCCAGGGCGGCUCCUGAUAAGAGAUCGAAGCUACAGAGAGAUCAGGACAGAGACAUCAGUGAGCUCAUUGCUCUGGGCAAACCCAACCCUCGUACCUCCAGUGAAGCUCAGUACGACCAGCGCCUCUUCAAUCAGAGCAAGGGUAUGGACAGUGGUUUUGCUGGUGGCGAAGACGAGACCUACAACGUGUACGACCAGCCGUUCCGUAGCGGCAGAGACAUGGCUGCCAACAUCUACAGACCCAGCAAGAACAUAGACAAAGAUGCCUACGCAGAUGACUUUGACUCUCUUAUGCAGAACAACAGAUUUGCUCCAGACAAGGAGUUCUCUGGAGCCGACCAUGGGCAGAGACGGGAAGGGCCUGUGCAGUUCGAGGAAGAUCCGUUCGGUCUGGACAAGUUCUUGGAGCAAGCCAAACAGCAUGGCGGCUCCAAGAGGCCGUCCACCAGCAACCGCUCCAAGGACGACUACCAUGACAAGAAACGCAGGAAGGAGUGAGGAGACCUCUGACCAAAGUCCGGAUUUACUAGCUAAAGGAUCAUUAGUUAAAGAGGCAUCGACUCUGUACUAUAAAAACCUAAAAAAAAACUAUACAUUUUUUCCUCUUGCAUUUGUCAUUUAAAUGCCUCUUUUUAAUGUUUUACAGCGAUGAACGGGAAAGUAGAUAUAAAACC